UGGCAGUCAGUUUUGCCAAACACUCCCAUGCUGAAAGCUGUUCAGGAUUCUUUGAGCUCUGAUGAUACGAGGUUCUUCAACCCUCCUAAUCUUGGCUUGAGCAAUGAAAAACUUGAGGGCAUGGAAAAUGUUGACACCACUUUUUUCAUUGAAACCGAUUUGCGUCCGGGAAAAAAAAUGAAGUUGCACUUCACCAAUACUGCAAAUGGGGCAACUUUCUUACCUCGUCAAGUGGCAAAGUCCAUUCCCCUUUCAAGUGACAAGUUACCGGAUAUUCUAAAUCGCUUUUCUGUAAAAGAAAAUUCUGUGGAAGCAAAGGUAAUAAAAAGCACAAUUAAGAUGUGUGAGACACCAGGCACUGCUGGAGAAGAUGGUGUAUGUGCAACAUCCUUAGAAUCAUUAGUAGAUUUUAGCGUUUCGAAGUUGGGAAAAAAUGUUCAAGUACUUUCAACCCAGGUGCUAAAAGAAACUAAGAAGCAAGAGUAUCGCAUAACAGGAGUGCAUAGGAUUAAUGCAAACAAAGGGGUUGUGUGUCACAAGCAAAACUAUGCGUAUGCUGUUUUCUAUUGCCAUGAAAUCCAUGACGCAGGGACUUACAUGGUUCCAUUGGUGUCCUCUGAUGGGACAAAAGUAAAUGCAAUAGCUGCUUGCCACACUGAUGCAUCAGUUGCAAACGCUUUUAAGGUGCUCAAAGUUAAGCCAGGAACUGUCCCUAUAUGCCACUUUCUUGCUAGUGAUACCCUUCUCUGGGUUCCUAAUUCGAUGUAUAAAGAAAGGCUCUAGACCAAGCUUCUUGUAUUUCUAGUGUGUGUUAUAUAAUGCCUGCAUGCAGGAGGGAAAAUAACUAAAUAAGGGGAAAUUAUGCUAUAAUAGUUAGCAUCAUGUAUAAAACCUCCCUGCUACUAUGCAUGUUUGUAAUUAUAUGCUUCUUUCAGUUUUAAUUGCAUUUAAAUCUUGGCAUUAUCAAAUUAGGUGUGUUGUUGAGGGCACAAAACUCACUCUA